GUCGGAAACGGCAGUAACAACGCCCCAUUCAUCGCCGCCAUUGUCACGAAGAAACUGCUCCAGCUCGCAGACCGCGAGCCCAGUUCUUUCGUUCUUCACCUUGAUCCAACCUCCAAGCUACACCAGGCGACCUACCCAGUUCUGGUGAUUGGUGUAUCUGACAAGGUACGCAGGUUUCACGCUGUUGUCAUUGUGAUUAUGUCUCCGCAGAUGCAGCUACACUAUGCGAGGACGCUAGCCGCUUUGAGAGAGUUGCGAAGAAAGUCUACGCGAAGGCUAAGAUUCUGGAAUCUACUUGUUCGCCAUGGUGCUGCGCGAUCUGCAUGA